GAUGACUGUAGUGGUUCUACCUGUUACACCUGCUCUGACCUCACCCGUCUUCCCUCCCCCUCUGCCUCACCCAUGCGUCAGCUGAGCCGCGGAGGGAACGGCACUAGCAGGGAUCAUCUGUCUGCCUGCCCCAAUCCACAGAUAAACCAAGUGUUAGUGUUAGCCUAUCCCUGACCUGUCUUCUCUUUCAUCUUGACUGUAGUGACACAUUCUCACUGUCUCUCCACCCCUUGGGAGCGGGGAGACAAGACUGUCUUUGCUUGUUCUGCUGUUGUGUACGUCCCCCGGGAUCUAAUGCAGUGACAGCACUUAGACGGCAGAGCGGAACCUGUCACGGCUCCACACAGCCACAGCAUGAGUGACGAAAGCUACAACUUUGUUUUCAAAGUGGUUCUAAUUGGUGAGUCCGGUGUUGGGAAGAGCAACCUACUGUCUCGAUAUACCAAGAAUGAGUUUACCCACGACAGUCGCACCACCAUCGGGGUGGAGUUCAGCACACGUACCGUACAGCUGGACGCUAUCACCAUCAAGGCUCAGAUCUGGGACACGGCUGGAUUGGAAAGAUACAGAGCCAUCACCUCCGCGUACUACAGAGGGGCGGUAGGAGCUCUCCUGGUGUAUGACAUCACCAAGCACCUGACCUAUGAGAGUGUGGAGCGCUGGCUGAAGGAGCUGUAUGACCACGCUGACCCCCACAUCGUGGUCAUGCUGGUGGGCAACAAGGGCGACCUGGGGUCAGUGAGGACCGUGCCCACCGAGGAGGCCAAGGACUUUGCGGAAAAGAAGGGCUUGCUGUUCAUAGAGACAUCAGCUCUGGAUUCUACCAACGUUGAAGAUGCUUUCCAGGAAGUUCUCACAGCUAUCCACAAGAAGGUGGCCAGUCGAGAGGUCACCCGUGGGUCCAUCAGUGCUGUGACCCUGCCCAAUACCAUCGGACCGGCCAGCGAAGCGCAGAAGGAACCCAGGACCUGCUGCAAGAACCUCUGACCGGGUCUGACCGAUCUGGAUCUGGUUUCACCCGCUCUCAGUGGUUAAUCCCAGUUUGAGCUCUGUCGACAUUCAGGGCAAAUGGUGUCUGUGUUGAUGACUCCCGUGUAAGGGCUAAUCAAACCAAGGACCACGCAAGACAGGUUUACUGUGUCUUUCAUGUCUAGACAUAUUCCUAAAUGUUGAUAUUGAUAUAUUGAUAAUGUAUUCAUUUGCGUUUUCACUGGUUGCCAAAAGGGUUGCUACUGAACAUCAUUGUGUGGAAUGUUGUUUAUUUUUUUAUUUGGUUGCGUUCAUCUGCCAAAUAA